AUUAAAGAUUUAAAGAUGUGUGAUUCCCAAAUUAAUGUGUGCUUUUCGAAUUGAUUAAAUAACAAAAGGGGUCUAGUGCGCAGAGCAUAUUUGAAGGCGCGCUGAGAUAGGCCGUAAAAGAGUUAACAUAAUUCGUGAGGUUUUCUUUUUACGGUCUUUAAUUUAAUUUAAUUUAACUGUUCUUCUCCCGCCCCAUCCCCAGAUAGCAUCCGUGCGGCCAUUUCUACAGAGACCUGCUGAAUAGUCACAACAAACAGUUUUAGAGGAUUUUUGUGGGUUUAUUCGACAUUGAAGCGCUUUAUGCAAAGCUCUAUAAAGAGUACAUUAAUCUCAAGAAAGGAAAAUAUACAGAGAUGGAGAAGAUGAUACGAGAACAAGAAGAGAAGUUCAAGAAGCAUGUUGCUGCUGCUCGUGACAAAGAAAAGAACUUGAAAAGUCAAAUAGAAAAACUGUCCCGGCAAGUGCAUGAGUUGAGAAGUGAAUUGUCAUCAGUGAGAUCUACCAACAAUGAGCAACUAAUUCACUACCAAAAUCAACUGAUGGAAGCGAACCUAAAAAAUAAAGAUCUCUCUGAAGAAAUUGCUAGGCUUAGAACUGUUGAGCGACUGAGACAAGACAACAACCCUUCCCGAGAUGAUGAAAACGGACAAGCAAAUAAUCAUGUGGAUGUUUCAUCUCGUGCAAUGAAGCGUAAAAGGCGAUUAUCUCCUUCUCUUAGCAUUGAAUAUCCAGUAAAUGAUGAUACAUCUAUUGUUGCCAGGAAGGGAACCUUAGAUGUCCACAUGAAGGAAUCUGCUAAAGAGUUAUUAUGUAAGAAAAUGAUAGAGGCUCCAUGUUGUAGAAGAACAAAAAAUGAUUCAGUUGCUUUAGCAAAUGAGGCAGCUGAUGCAGAACGUGUAACCUGUAUGUUCCAAGAACUGGUUGAGUGCAUUGUUCAGAUGAAACUAUCACCACAUAAGGAGAAUGAGGAAAAUUUUAUCUCGUUCCUACACGAACACAGUGGUUAUUCAUUUACUUUAAGAUUGAUAGAAGACCCAGAUGGAGAAGCAGAAUGGUUAUACCAGCUUUUGUCACUGGGAACUCUGGAUAGAGUAGCAAAAACUUGGAUGAGAGAAGAUGUGAUAAAGUUCAGUACAAGUAUGUGCCCCGUCAUCUUCCAAGGGCUGUCUCGUGUUAUUGAGCUUAGUAUAUAGUUAAAUAACUGCUGGUUAGCGGGGUUUGUAUUUUAUCAGCUGGUUGUGGUUAGAUAAGCUUUCAGCAUUCAAAUUUGUUCAGCAUUAUUUAGUCAGUCAUGCAAGUAGUUAAUUUUUCUGCUAGUCUUUCCUAUCGACGUGCCAGCAUCAGUAAAUUUGACACCAUGACGUUUUAGUUAUUAUUUUUUCAUUUCAAAGUACAUUGUGUAUCUUAUUCAAUCUAAUUUGAUUGGGGGAAUUUUCCAAA